AGUAAUUCCAGAUAUUAGAUGUACGUAUAUAAAAUCGAUGAAUCGCUCUGCUCAACGCACAUGUGAACAUCACGACUGCAUACAACGGACUGAAACAUCGAGGGCUAUAGAGCGUUAGAAAAGGGAACUGCGCUUGCGUGUACUUCCUUCUCCGGCAUUAUUUUACGAAUAUUUUACCGUGGGAAAGAAACAUACGUUGAAAUUGUUUUUCUUUCUGUGCGAGAUAAAUUUCCUAAUCCUUGAGCGUCUUUCUCGUGCGGAGACACUGUCAUCAAACAGCUGUUACAAUCGCAUUAUGAUAUCAUGCACAAUGUUGCGCUACGUUUAUGCCAAUUUAAACAAAUGAAAUAAUUUUCCAGGAAAUUACAUAUGCGAGGUGAGAGAAAAAUCGUAAAACACUCUGGUGGUGUCCCUACCACUUUUUACCUGUGGGGGAAUCGGUAUAGAUUAUCGCAGUCAAAUGCGAAGCUUCAAUGACCACAAAUAAUGGUCUGUAUUAAGAAGCGGUUCUUCAACCCCAGUCGGCUACUUAUGCUCCCUUUUGGCUUGUGGCUUGAUGAGGAAACGAUAUUCACUCGUUUUCAGGCAACAGUGCUUUGCAGUCUUCUGAUAAGCAGUAUUUUAUUUCAGCUCUCAAGACUUUUUAUUGCAGACUGUAACUUUGACUUUGUUGUCAGAAUAUUCUCCUCCGCAACAUUCUAUGCCAUGCUCACGAUUCCGCCCAUCUUAUUUUGGACUCGUAUGAAAACUAUGAAAUAUUUCUUCGACCAACUGCAAUACAUCUAUGACCGGCUAAAGGAUAGAAACGAAAUUGCUAUUUACGACAAAUAUGGAUACAUUGCAAAACAAUUUACGAUUAUACUAAUAAUACUUCUUGUAUGCUGCCUGUUUGGCAAUUCUGUCAUAGUAUACUGGCCGUACAUUUUUGACAUCAUUAUACCGAAAAAUGAGUCUUAUGCAAUUCAUACCAUGCAAUUUGUGACCAAGUACUUCAAAGUCUCAGAGAAGUAUUAUUUUUUAGUUGUUGUGCAUUUGAAUGCAGCCUGUACUACAGGGUUAAUUGUAUUAGCAGGGACGGGAACAAUAUGUUUUUCGUAUACGCAACAUAUCUGCGGUAUGUUUGAAAUUGCCAGCUAUCGUAUUGAACAAGCAAUGACGACCAAGUUGUUAUAUAACUUUGAUAUAAAGAAUAGAAUUGUGAUAUCCAGAAAGAUGAUAUUUGCUAUAGAUAUACAACGCCAAGCUAUGCAGUUCGCUAAACAUUUUGUAACUAGUAUUGAAGGAGCACUUUUUAUUAUGGUAUUAACUACUGUGCUUUGCGUGAGUUGCAAUCUUACUCAAGUAUUUCUAAUUCAGUCACUUGCGGAGAAAAUGGAGGAAACAAUAUUACAUCUUUCGGCUGUAGGGUUCAUUCUCACGACUAUGUUCCUAACCAGUUAUGCUGGGCAAGAAAUUACAGAUCAUAGUAAUCACUUAUAUGUAAUUACAUACAACGUUUCAUGGUACUUAGCACCGUUACACAUACAGAAAAUGAUAUUGCUUCUAUUACAAAGAAGCAAUAAAAUUUUCACCCUGAGUGUCGGUGGAUUAUUUACAGGAUCUUUAGAAUGUUUCGCUACACUGGUGAGUGCAUCAGUAUCUUACUUCACCUUCAUGUUCUCCAUGCAGUAAUAACGGACAGAUAGAUUGUCUGAUAGUAUAUUAGAAUAAAAUAGAAAAAAGUUGCAUUAGUUGAAAUAUGUGCAUAGUCAACACAUCACAAAACUGACGAAAUCAAUGAUAGUAAAGUAUUUCUCACGUUGAAACAUAUGGUAUAUGGGACAUUAUUUAAAUGAAGUUUAAAUGAGUUUCCACAAUAUGUUGAUAAUGAGUAUUCGUGCAUUCGUGAUUAAUGCAUGCAUCUAAGAAAAAAUAGGAUAUCGAUGAUUGAAGCAUAUAAUUAAUGGAAUUCAGAAAAUUUGAACGCAUUUGGGAAUGAUGGCUACGGCAUAGUGUUAUUAGGAUAGUCACUUUCUUAACAAAGAUUUAUUGUAAAAUGUGUACAUCAUACGAAGGAUAAUAAGCUGGAAUACAUUUUAGAAUAACAAGAUACCUCUUUUAUGUGUAUCAAAAUCUCUCUCUAAUAAGUUGUACUUAUGUUAUAUGUAUAGUAUAUCUUAACAAUAUGUUUUAGAGACCAGCAUAUUAGAUUGAUGAUAUGUGUAUAUCUUUCCAGUCAGAAACAGAAGAUAUACUUGAAAAGGAAAAAAGAGCGAACGUAUUAAAAUUGGGCACAUAAUAAUUGUUGACGAAAGAUCGAAGGAAUCGAGCAACAGAGUCGCCCAACGCUGAGCGCGAGACACAGUGUAGGAGAUCCGAGACGAUUUCACAGAGGACGGGAAUAAUGGACUUCACUGGUUGCACAGGUGUUCGAUCGCUAUGCGGCUAUCUUCGGCGCGGCGCGAAUAUGCGGAAAUCUUGCCACGAGCCGUGAAACUGCAAAAAUUCGCGAAUUCUCGAGGAUUGUCGUAGAGCGGAGCACACAGUUACAAAAAAAUGGAGAUCCUCUAGAGAGGGAUCGGUACAAGUGGUUACAUUUUCUAUUGGUCGCGCCAUUUGUUUCUAAACCGGAAACUGAAGAGAGAUAGAAGAUGGAGAUUGGAUAGAGAUGGAUAGAUAGAUGGAUAGAACUUGUAAACAGUGACGAGCAGAAAGUGUGAAAGUGAUGUUGGUGCUGCAUUCACUCACUUCCUCAUUAGAAACAAAUGGCGUCGGUUAUACCCAUCCCUCCUUAUAGGAUUCCUACAAAAAAAUGUGAUCGGUAGAUAACUUCGCGGAACUGAGCAGAUAGUCUCGCAACCGAUAAUUUUGAGAUAAGUCUGAGAGAUACUUAGCAACGAAAAACUGCGAUAAAGAGAGCGGUCAACUGCAGAAACUAUUGCGAAUUGGCCGAAACUUUGAACGCGAGACUAGUCCGACACGAAACUGAUCUGGACGGUAACGAGGAAAUAUUGAAUCUCUCGUCUUCGCGAUACAGACUCGCUUAUAAAGGCUCGCUUGAGACAAAUAAGAUGGAAUUCGGUUGAUUCGAAUUUUGACAAAUACUUCGAAUAAUAGAAUUUCGGCCGUCUAUCGCGUAGUGAAAUCUCAGCGAUAGCUAUUAUGUAACGAGCCUGUACUCACGAUAAAAACAACUUGUUUGUAUGAUGUCGAAAAUAAGUCUGUUUGUCUGAUUUCGAUUACUGUAAGCUUGAAAUUUACUGAAAUAAAUUCUAUUACGUAGAAAUGAAAAUUUCAAAUUUCGUCUAAUCCUGAACAAUAAUGGAAUAAUGAAAAGGAGUGAGCUACAGGAGUGAGCGUCUUGUUAAAAGUUUGUCUUAUAAAUGUCUUUCUGUGGCAAAUAAACAUCUAUUGAAUUCUUUUCGUCGUCAAAUCAAGUGCUGCACUAUAUGCUGUUUGAGACUCACCUUUCUCGAGUAAAUCUCUCUAACAAUAAGUAUAUCAUUCUUUGCGUCUGCUUUUGAUAACAUUAUGCGUCUUAAAGUAUUUAUCAAAUGUGUAUUGAAAAUACAUACGCAACAAUCAUGUUC